AUGGCAUCUCCCGCAAUACGCCCCAGCAGGCCUGUCGGUUUAUUUGAUCCUCAGCAAGAGGGCGAAUACCCUAUUGUCCUAGGAGACAGCUUGGCUGAAGACACCAAAUCCAAGGACGCCUUUGUGAACAUCCGCUACAACUGGCAACCAAAAUCCGGCUUUCUAGACGGUCGCGAAAGUAGAAUGAGGAGAUCGGGAGACCGGUGGCAUCUUGAUGUGUCGAACAACGGCACCGGGAGUUACCAAUAUGUGACCCUGGCGGCCCAAGACCAAUCUGGAACAUCUGAGGGGGGAACAAGACCUUUGAUGCUCAUUUUCGACGAAUCCAAGUCCGUCUUUGUCCUUGAAGCCAUCUCUGCGACUUUGGAUAUGAAUCUCAAAACCGGGCCCGGCAUGUCCAGGGAAGCUGCUCGAGAUCUACCACAGCUCCACAAGGAUCAGCAAACGAGCAAGAAAGAGUCACACGCGAUUGGGCAUGCGUGCACUUCAGCUGAUGACGAGACUCCCGAUGCGUCCAAUCCCUACGAUUUCCGCCAUUUCCUAGCCGAAGCGCGCGAAAAUGUAGGCAAGUCAACACAAGCUCCAGGAGCUCACACGCCCAUGCCAGGAAGUCGGACCCCAUUAAGUGGAACAUCUACGCCCGCACCAGGCGGAAACCGCUUUUUGCCCACAACACCGCAAUUCCGACCAUCGCAGACAAAGACCACAUCAAAGCCUACAGAACAGCGGAAGAACAAGGCCGAGACGACAGGGUCACGAAGCACCAAUGCCGCGACGAGACCAGCUGCGAAGCGAGAUACCACAAAGAAAGAUCAACCACUCAGCAAAGCCACCAUCUCCGACUCGGACGGUUCCGGGGAUGAGACCGUCAACGUCGCACGAGCACCUGCACCUGCACCGGCGUCAAAGUCAACAUCCACCAAGCAGUCCAGACCACUCGGUGCAAAAGGGCAUACACGCAAUAUCUCGGCCAACAUUGGCAGUUCACCACAUAUCAUCAUCAACGACGACGACGGCGGCCUCGAAAUCGACAUGGGCAGUCCGCUCCCGGAGGAUGAACGAUGUCGUAAACGCGGCAGAGUCGACCCGGAGGCGUUCAGGAGUCACACGGGCACGCCCAUCGGCGGGUUGAGUUCGAAUUUCAGGUCGACGAGUAGACCCAUCUCAAGGACGCCGGUGGUGGACGAGCCCGCUCGUCGCCACGGCAGGGGGAGAGAUGGAGACGUUCGGAUGAAAGAUAUCGAAGCCGCCUCCGAGGAAGAUGAAGACGACGAUGUUGAAGAAUUCGAGCUGGGCAGUCCGAGGGGAAAGAGCAGUGCGCCUCGACGAGGCGAAGUCUCGAGGGAUGAAUCGGACGACCACGAACAGGCCGAAAGUCGUCGCCAGGCGCCACCGACACCGCCCGCCCCAGCCACCGCCUAUGACGAGGACGAUGAAGAUCUGCUUGAAGCGGCGUUGGAGGCUGCGCUGGAGGAAGAAAGUGGGAAUCAGAGUACCGGUGUCGGACUGGGGAUUGGCAUGGCGAAUGGCAAUGUACAAGAGGACGAGAGUGAGGUUAGCGAGGAGGAAUAA